AUGACAGCUCAAACCCGGUUCUUGGCUCUCGCGGCCCUUGCCGCCACGGCUGCCGGUCAAACAGCCAUUACGGUCGAUACAGCAACCACAUACCAAACGAUUGAUGGUUUCGGAUUCUCUCAAGCAUUUGGUCGAGCUUCAGAGUUCGAAGCUGCCAAUGCCACCACUGCCAAAACGGCUUUGGAUUAUCUGUUCAGCACGACUACUGGUGCAGGAUUCUCCAUCAUUCGCAAUCGGAUAGGCUCCAACGGGACUGGGGACAGUAUUGAGCCGAACAGUCCGGGCUCCAAUACCAGUACUCCAACCUAUGUGUGGGAUGGCGACGACAGUGGCCAGGUCUGGUUCACCAAGCAGGCUGUCAGUUAUGGCGUAAAGACUAUAUAUGCCGAUGCGUGGAGCGCGCCGGGCUUUAUGAAAACGAGCGGAAGCGAUCAGUUACCGGGAUAUCUAUGUGGUACAACUGGCCACACGUGCAGCACGGGAGACUGGAAGCAAGCAUACGCCGACUUUCUUGUUCAAUAUGUCGAGUAUUAUGCGCAGGAAGGGCUUACUAUAACCCACCUCGGAUUUUUAAACGAGCCAGAUUAUCAAGUCUCGUACUCGCAGAUGCAGAUUAGCAGCAACGGCCAAGAAGCCAUAGACUUUAUCCCGAUCCUCCAUGACGCAGUGGAAGACGCUGGUCUGGAUGUUGCCAUUGCCUGCUGCGACCCCGUCGGCUGGAACACUCAGGCUACGUAUACCACAGCAUUGGUCAAUGCUGGUUCGACGGAUUACCUCGGCGUCAUCACCUCGCACAGUUACAGCUAUGAUGCCACGACGCCGCUGAACCAGACGGCCCUGCCAAAGUGGAACACGGAAGGCGGCCCGUCAUCUGCCUUUACGACUACAUGGUACAGUUCCGGGGCGGACAAUGAGGGUUUCACAUGGGCCAACAAGCUCGCCGUCGCCAUGGUGAAUGCGCAGCUAUCCGCGUACCUGUUCUGGGAGGGCUUCGAGAUUGAGCAGAGCCAGUCGGGCGCCCACCUCGUCGACGCCAUUGACGGCGUCAACCCGACGCCGAGCGGCAUCUUUUGGGCCUUUGCCAUGUGGUCGCGGUACAUUCGUCCAGGCGCCACGAUGCUGGGCACGUCGGGGUCCAUUACGAGCGUCAUUACGGGGGCUUUUCAAAACACAGACGGCAGUGUGGUGCUCGUCUUUACCAAUAGUGGGACAAGCAGCCAGUCAGCCGCCGUGUCCUUUAGUGGCUUUACGGCAGCCUCUGCUGAUGCUUGGCUGACUGACCAGAGCAACACCUUUGCAUCUACUGAUGCGGCUCUCGCAGACGGCGUAGUCACUGUAUCCGUACCAGCAAAGGGCGUCGUCACAGUCAAAUUGACCUCGUAA